CUAGAAGAUAUCGUCUGGCACUGUGAAACGAAUUCUGGAAUUUUAUUGCCUGCCCUGCGCUGCACUCUGCACUAGGAGUCUAGAAGCAAUUAAUUCCCCGGUCCUUUUCCUGAAGAAAAGUAAAUAAGAAAACGAAGCCAUAUUACGGUAGCCUACGCGAGGGAGGGAGUACUUUUCAUUUUCCAAACAUACAGGCCCACCAUUUUAUACCAUCCUGUCACUCUUCCAGUGGAGCAUUAUGCCACUGUCCAUAGACCAAGAGAAACUAAAGUCAUUGGUGAUGUACAAAUAUCUUGUCCCGGUUGCCGUACUGUAUCUGUCGUCAGCAAUUCAUUUUUGUCUGUAUGUUAAAGUUGGAUACUGGGCUGCGGCUGCCCAUAUUCAUACAUCUUCUGCUUUCAGAUAUUUGCAUUUAUAAAAUGUCUUCCCUUUUUCCGUUAGUUGUUCUGUUUCUGAUCGUAUCGCCUCCAUUUUCAUGUUCGUCAACAUCUCAAAACACUUUGAGCAAAGGCUCAUCUCUCUCAGUGGAGAAUCCAGAUGAUGUCUUGAUUUCACCAAAAGGAAAAUUCACUGCCGGAUUUUACCGUGUUGGCCACAAUGCUUACUGCUUUGCCAUUUGGUUUAGCAAACCUUCAUGCCCCAGAAAUAACUGCACUGUGGUUUGGAUGGCCAACCGUGACGAACCAGUUAAUGGAAAACGCUCAAGGCUUUCCCUGCUCAAAACUGGUAAUCUUAUUCUCACUGAUGCAUCUGGUCGAGGCCGACUCCCGGUUUGGGCGACCGGUACUGCUUCUGACGCUUCAUUGCAGUUAGAAUUAGACGACUAUGGUAAUCUUUUUCUACAUCACAUGAUGCAUUGUAUUUGGCAAAGCUUUAAAUCACCCACCGAUACUCUGCUUCCACAGCAACCGUUCACUAGAGAUACACAGCUUGUUUCAUCCACAGGCCGAAGCAACUUUUCUACAGGGUUUUACAAGUUCUAUUUUGACAACGAUAAUGUUCUCCAUCUUCUUUUUAAUGGCCCUGAAAUCUCGAGCGUCUUCUGGCCGGACCCUGGGUUUUUGCCCUGGGAAGAGCAGAGGUCUACAUACAACAGCAGUAGAAUAGCCAUACUAGAUGCCUUUGGUAACUUUUCUGCCACUGAUAAUUUCACCUUUUCCUCUGCGGAUUAUGGACAGCAGCUCCAAAGAAGAUUGACGCUUGAUUUCGACGGUAAUCUUCGGUUGUAUAGUCGAGAAGAGCAAAAUGACUAUUGGGUUGUUUCAUGGCAGCUUACCUCUCAGCCAUGCACUGUUCAUGGAGUUUGUGGACCCAAUAGUGUUUGUACUUAUGAUCCGUAUUCUGGUAGGAGAUGUUCUUGCAUUCCAGGAUUCAAGAAAAAAAAUCAAACGGACUGGUCUAUGGGUUGUAUCCGGGAGUUUGGUCUUUCUUGUGCCAGUAACGCUGCUACUUUCCUUAAACUCCGCCAUGUGGAAUUCUAUGGAUAUGAUUUUGGCUUCUUUCCCAAUACCACACUUGAUAAGUGUAAGGAGAAAUGCUUGCAGAGAUGUGAUUGCAAGGGUUUCCAAUUUAAAUUUAUCAAGCAUGACCAUCCUAGUGAUAUCCCUUAUUGUUUCCCCAAGACUCUGUUGCUAAAUGGGCAGCGUGCCCCAAAUUUUGAAGGAGAUUUAUACUUGAAAGUUCCUAAAAACAAUCAGCUCUCCUUUUCAAAUUGGCCGGCUGAUGAUGAAAAUAGCUGGAAUUGUUCUCACAAUGCUACCAUUCUGCCAAGAAAGUAUGUAACAAGUCGUGGAAUUUGGUCAUUGAGGUUCUUGCUCUGGUUUGUAACUGGAGUUGGCCUGUUUGAAAUUCUUUCCAUAAUUCUGGUGUUGAUUUUCUUGUUAAGAAACCAUGAGAGCACUGGUACAACACAAGGUUACCUUCAGGCUGCAACUGGUUUCAAAAGGUUUACAUAUGCCGAGCUAAAGAAGGCAACAAGAAAUUUCAAAGAAGAAAUUGGAAGAGGAGCAGGAGGAAUUGUGUACAGAGGAAAAUUAUCUGAUGAUCGAGUCGCAGCAAUUAAGCUACUCAAUGAAGCUCGCCAAGGAGAAGCUGAAUUUCUAGCAGAAGUAAGCACAAUUGGCAAGCUUAACCACAUGUACCUGAUAGACAUGUGGGGCUAUUGCACAGACAAAAAUCACAGGCUUUUGGUUUAUGAGUACAUGGAGCAUGGAUCCUUGGCGGAAAACCUAUCUUCCAAAUCACUUGAUUGGAAGCAAAUGUUUGAAAUCGCGGUGGGUACUGCCAGAGGACUAGCGUACUUGCAUGAAGAAUGCUUAGAGUGGGUUCUACAUUGUGAUGUAAAGCCACAAAACAUUCUCUUGGACUCUGAUUACAGGCCAAAGGUAUCAGAUUUUGGGCUAUCUCGGUUAGUAAGCAGAGUAAACAGUGAAAAUUCAGGCUUCUCAAAAUUGAGAGGAACUAGAGGGUACAUGGCUCCUGAGUGGGUUUUCAAUCUACCAAUCACCUCCAAAGUGGAUGUCUAUAGCUAUGGUAUUGUUGUGCUACAGAUGGUAACAGGAAAGAGCCCUGCAAUGGAUGUUGAGAAUGUGGAGGACAAGAGGCUAGUGGCGUGGGUAAGAGGAAAAAAAUCUGGAGCUGUUGCAAACAGAUCUUGGGUUACAGAUAUAAUAGAUCCCAUCAUAACAAAUGAUUACAACAUAAAUCAACUAGAAAUUUCUGUUGAAGUAGCGUUGCAGUGUGUUGAGGAAGACAGAGAUGCAAGACCUACAAUGAGCCAGGUAGUAGAGCAGCUCUUGCGAGAGGAAAAAUGAUCUUCGCGGCAAGGCCCUCAGCUAUUGCAAUUUCAAACUAAAUUAUGUUAAGGCUUAGCUUAUUUUUCUUUUGUUUUCCUAGAUGAAAAUUGAUCUGAACCUUUUUCUAUCUCUUGAUCCUGGAAAAUUAUCAGAUGUAAAAUAAAUAAUUUGGUUUAGAAAUGCUGCUCUACAUUUUCCAUUA